GUUUGUGUUUGGACUAAAUAAAACGCAUAUAUGUCACUGCAACAGCGAGGCUCACCCCAAGCAGCAGCUCAUCCCGAAAACCCUUCUUGAUCCUCGAGGUUGGAAAUAAUCUUGUAAAGUGAAUUUGACUCUUCUGGGCAGUAAUCUUGUAAAGGGCUUCCAAAUUGACAAGUUACCACCGUAGUUCUUGAUCUGACAGAUAUGCUUGGCCGUAUAGCACUGGGAUUAGUGGUGGGUAUUGUUGGCUACACUUAUGUAGCUCUGAGGCCUCCCUCCCCCAAAAUAUGUGGCUCACCGGGCGGUCCUCCGGUGACUUCUCCGAGGGUCAGACUUGGUGAUGGUAGGCAUUUGGCUUACAAGGAGAGAGGUCUUCCCAAGGAACAAGCCAAACACAGGAUCAUUGUUGUCCAUGCCUUUGGUGACUCUAAAGGCUUCAAAUUACCAAUUUCUGAAGAACUCCUGAAGGAGCUCCAGAUAUAUCUCGUGGCGUUUGAUCGUGCGGGCUAUGGAGAAAGCGAUCCAAAUCCGAGACGGUCAGUGAAAAGUGAUGCAUUUGACAUUCAAGAACUUGCUGAUAAAUUGCAACUUGGGCCUAAGUUUUUUGUGAUUGGCAUCUCCCUUGGAGCAUAUCCCGUUUACGGCUGCCUAAAGUACAUCCCACAUAGGUUAUCCGGAGCUGCACUCGUGGUUCCCCUUGCUAAUUAUUGGUGGCGCUGCUUUCCUGCCAACCUCUCCAAAAUAGGCCCAAGCAGACUGAUUCCCCAAAACCGGUGGGCUUUUACCGUCGCACACUAUGCACCAUGGCUGUUGCACUGGUGGCUGACACAGAAAUGGAUCCCAUCAUUGAGUAACUCAGAAGAUGCUUUCAGCCCCUCGGACGUAGAGAUUCUAAGACACUUAGAUGGACCUCCAAACGAGGAGCAGGCAAAAGUAGAUCAACAAGGCGCUCACGAGUCAUUGCACCGAGACCUAAUGGUGAGCUUCGGAAAAUGGGAGUUUGAGCCGAUGGAUAUAAGCAACCCAUUCCCUAACAAUGAAGGCUUUGUCCAUAUGUGGCAAGGAUAUGAAGACAAGAUCUUUCCGUUUGAACUGAAUCGGUAUAUAGCCGAGCGACUCCCAUGGAUUCGGUAUCAUGAGGUUGCUGAUGCAGGGCAUCUUCUGAUCUAUAAAGCAGCUCAUUGUGAGGCCAUAUUGAGGGCACUUGUGUCAUCUUAAUGCAUAGGCAUGUAAUGUUGGCUGAUAAUGCUUCUGUUGAAAUGGUAUGUAAAUCUAGGAAAGAUUUCUAUCUAUAAAAUAAUUGUAAUCAUGAA